UCUCUCACAGAGCUGCUGGUGGUUUCAAACUACUGAUCUUUUGGUUAGCAGUCAGUUACUUUAACCACCACACACCAGGGAUCCUAGUAGGUAUUAGUGAUCACAUAAGUUAGGUGUCUUACCUUCUAAUUCCCUGUCAGGCCCAAGGUCUGCUUCUUAGAGCUCACCACGAGAAUCAUGGCCACCGUUGGGGUCCUGUCCUGGCCUUGUGGCAUUUGUUCUCUUACCCUUUUAAGAAACCUGCCUUCUCUUCUCCCUCCCAGAUUCUCACCAGCUGCCAAGCACAUGCUGUCUGAUUGGCUUGAUGUGAUUGGGCCAGUGACUGCUGUUCCCUUCCACUUAAUACUCUGUUUUCACCCAGAGUAAAAAAUGUCCCCAUUUCUCUAGGGGCAGUCACACCGAUUCCAUGCUUUGAGGAGAAGCUGGCCUUUCGUAGUAACAUGAGAUUUUUAAAAUUUUUAAUAAUAGCUACCAUUUUUGCAGGCUUUUUACUAAGCACUUGAUGUACACUAUUUGAUUUAAUUCUCCUAAUACAGUUAUGCCACAGUGGUGACACUCCCCCUUAGAAAUUAGCAAGCUGAUGCUUGUUAAGAUUUUGCAUUGCUUGAAUUUGAGCCUAGCUCCUUCUCUCUGCGGGAUGUGUACUCUCGGCCUUUCUGUUUCAGUGGUAUGCAGCUGUCAACCACUAAGAGAAGGGGGGGAUUCCAUUGUUAGGGAAGAGCAGAUUUUAACAUCCGCUAAAAUGAGUUCUCUUCAACCCUCUUGUCCUCCAGCUCCUGGCUGUCUAAGGUGGAGGAGACGCCCUGGCAGAGGCCCCUCCAGCAGAACGAGAGAUGUCGUUGUUGGAUUUCAAGACCUACGUGGAUCAGGCAUGCCGAGCCGCAGAGGAGUUUGUCAGCAUCUACUACAGCACCAUGGACAAGCGGAGGCGUCUGCUGUCCCGGCUCUACAUGGGCACGGCCACCCUCGUGUGGAAUGGAAAUGCUGUUUCAGGACAAGAAUCCUUGAGUGAGUUUUUUGAAAUGUUGCCCUCCAGUGAGUUUCAGAUUAAUGUGGUAGACUGCCAGCCUGUUCAUGAUGAAGCCACACCAAGCCAGACCACAGUCCUUGUUGUCAUCUGUGGGACAGUGAAGUUUGAGGGUAAUAAACAGCGGGAUUUCAACCAGAACUUCAUCCUGACAGCCCAGGCCUCGCCCAGCAACACAGUGUGGAAGAUUGCGAGCGACUGCUUCCGGUUCCAGGACUGGUCCAGCUAGUUGGGCAGGAAGGCCUCCUCACUUCACCCUGCGCUGGGGGACGCAGGUCUCCAGACUGGGGGACACAAGCUCAUUCCUGUUCUUCCACAGACACUGCGGACCAGCAUGCCAAGAGCCUGCACCCAUGUAUGUGAGCCAGCUGGAAAUGCACUUACUCAGCAAGAGCUGUCAGUCGCCACCAGCACAUCCAUGUGGGAGAGAAGCCAUGUAAGCAUUUACCUGACAUCAGGAUAUGUUGAGACAUUUCCAGAAGUUAAACCUCCACCAUGCCAGGGGUCCUCAAUGGAUUUCAUUUAGAAUUAAUACCUGUUAAAACUUUUAUUCCUAGAUAAUAUCCAUAUAAUUAAAUAUAAAUGAUUCCAGUAGAGUAAUAAAGGUGAAAACCCACUCUGUUUUAAAAAGCAAAUAUAUCACUGAUACCAGAAUUGGACAAAGACACCUCAAAAGUAAAAACUAU